UAAAGCUUCCUUAAUGUUGUAUGUGUCUUUGAAGUACAUCUGUGCAUUUUUUUUUUUAGCAUCUAACCAUUCCUCCCUCGUAGCCCUCGGCCCCUCAAAUCACCCUCUCCCCUAUCCCACCCGACUAACAUCUCAGUCUGAAAAUGCACAGAAAUGCCUGGCUACCUCGCCCUGCCUUCAGUCUCACGGGGCUCAGUCUCUUUUUCUCUUUGGUGCCACCAGGGAGGAGCAUGGAAGUCACAGUACCUAACACCCUCAACGUCCUCAAUGGCUCUGAUGCCCGCCUGCCCUGCACCUUCAACUCCUGCUACACCGUGAACCACAAACAGUUCUCCCUGAACUGGACUUACCAGGAGUGUAACAACUGCUCCGAGGAGAUGUUCCUCCAGUUCCGCAUGAAGAUCAUUAACCUGAAGCUGGAGCGGUUCCGAGACCGCGUGGAGUUCUCGGGGAACCCCAGCAAGUAUGACGUGUCAGUCACCCUGAAGAAAGUGCAGCUGGAGGACGAGGGCACCUACAACUGCUACAUCAUGAACCCGCCUGACCGCCACCGCGGCCAUGGCAAGAUCUAUCUGCAGGUCCUCAUGGAAGAGCCCCCCGAGCGGGAUUCCACGGUGGCCGUGAUCGUGGGCGCCUCCGUCGGAGGCUUUCUGGCUGUGGUCAUCUUGGUGCUGAUGGUGGUGAAGUGCGUGAGGAGGAAAAAAGAGCAGAAACUGAGCACGGAUGACCUGAAGACUGAGGAGGAGGGCAAGACCGACGGAGAGGGCAACGCGGACGACGGCGCCAAGUAACGGCGGCGGCCCUGCGGCCCCGCCCCGUGCGCUGCCCCUCCCACCC